CCUCGCGCAGCGGGGCUUUAUGGGAGGCGUCGCCAGAUUGCCAUGCCAGCCACUCAGACCCCAAUCGUCGCCCUACGACGCUCAGCCUGCGAAGCCCACUAGGCAAAACGGCAUGGUUUUCAUUUCGGAAAUCGCAGGAAUGGGCUGAUAUAGGGCCUGCAAAAGGGGGCACGAGCGACGACAAUGGUGCUGACACAGCUGGUGCGCACCCACAGACAGUGCCGUCCAAAGGCCGGGGGCGGGCGAUCAGCCAGCCCUCCACAUGAGAACAGAGAAGCCUCCGUCGUCUGCUUAGCGGCUCUCGGCAUGCAUCGUAAUGUGACGCAGUUGUCCUCCGCUCCCGCGUCCUCGGCAAAAAGUUGGCGCAUGAGCAUGCAACCGGGAUUGCGUCGCCUCGGUGCAGGACCAAGCCGCUGGCAUCUGCCGCCCUUCAGUCGAGCCAUGAUUGCGUCCAAAUUCCUUGGCUUGCUGCAGCCCACCGUACCCGUAGCACAUCUGUCGAUACCGUUUCCGUCGUUGGUGUCCACGGAGCAGCGUGACCGAGAAAAGGAUAUCGGGCCGCCGCUAACGAAAGCCCCUCUCUUAGCAUCUGGGCUCAAGAACCGCACCCACGUGAAACUCCAAGCUUGUGGAUCCAGGGCUGGCCUGCGCGCGUCAUCACAGCCGUGCCGGUCCAUUCAUCUGCUUCACCCAAAUCUAUUGUGCUGCGACUCCCCAGCUGCCGCCACUAUCUCCAAUGCUCUCUAUACAUAAGAUGCUUGGUUGCGGCGGAUCUGUGCGGUAACGGCGAGGCGCACGCGAA